CCUAGGCGAGAUUUCAGCUAUCGCGAGAGAGGACUACGCCUGCGCAGAACCGAGGACGCGUCCGGCGCCGAGACAUUCAAACCAGUGGCGGGAGGCUGUGAGGUGAGCGGUGGCGUCCCGGUACGUCUGGAGUCCUUCCCCGCUGUGCUCAUCAUGGAUCCGAUCCGGAACUUCUGCGGGAAACUGCGGUCUCUGGCCAGCACGCUGGACUGCGAGACAGCCCGGCUACAGCGAGCUCUGGACGGAGAGGAAAGCGACUUUGAAGAUUAUCCCAUGAGAAUUUUAUAUGACCUUCAUUCAGAAGUUCAGACUCUAAAGGUAUCACUCCUACAAUAUUAUCAUUUUUCUCAGGAUGAUGUUAAUAUUCUUCUUAAUGAAGCAAGAUUGGAAAGUCAAGAAAGCAUUGAUUUCAUGAAGGCAACAAAAGUACUAAUGGAAAAAAAUUCAAUGGAUAUUAUGAAAAUAAGGGAGUAUUUCCAGAAGUAUGGAUAUAGUCCACGUGUCAAGAAAAAUUCAGUGCACGAACAAGAAGCCAUUAACUCUGACCCAGAGUUAUCUAAUUAUGAAAAUUUUCAGAAGGCUGAUGUGAACAAUGAUCUCUCUGAUCCUCCUGUGGCAAGCAGUUGUAUUUCUGAGAAGUCUCCACGUAGUCCACAACUUUCAGAUUUUGGACUUGAGCGGUACAUGGUAUCCCAAGUUCUACCAAACCUUCCACAGUCAGUGAACAACUAUAAGGAAGAGCCCGUAAUUUUAACUCCACCUACCAAACAGUCACUAGUAAAAGUACUAAAAACUCCAAAAUGUGCACUAAAAAUGGAUGAUUUUGAAUGUGUAACUCCUAAAUUAGAACACUUUGGUAUCUCUGAAUAUACUAUUUGUUUAAAUGAAGAUUACACAAUGGGACUUAAAAAUGUGAGGAAUAAUAAAAGUGAGGAGAACACAGAUACAGAAUCGAGGCCCAAUGAUAAUGUUUUUGCCACUCCUGGCACUACCAUCCAGCAGUCGGGAAAAAGUGAUGCUGAGUUUACAGAUUCUCCUUUGGUACCUACAUUGUGUACUCCUGGUUUGAAAAUUCCAUCUACAAAGAACAGCAUAGCUUUGGUAUCCACAAAUUACCCAUUACCAAAAACAAAUUGUUCAUCAAAUGAUUUGGAAGUUAAAGAUUGUACUUCGUUGGUUUUAAAUUCAGACACAUGCUUUGAGAAUUUAACAGAUCUCUCUUCACCUACGAUUUCUUCUUACGAGAAUCUUCUCAGAACACCUACACCUCCAGAAGUAACUAAAAUUCCAGAAGAUAUUCUCCAGCUUUUAUCAAAGUACAACUCAAAUGUAGCUACUCCAAUAGCAAUUAAAGCAAUGCCACCCAGCAAAAGGUUUCUUAAACAUGGACAGAACAUCCAAGAUGCUAGCAACAAAGAACUGAAAUUCUAGUGGAUCCAUCCAUUACAGACACUGAACAAAAUGAGAUGAAAGCAGAGCUGGACCAAUUUUGUCAUUCACAUUCCCCUGCCUCUUUCCCCCUUUUGAAAAUUGACCCAUUUUAGCCGGGUGCGGUGGCUCACCCCUGAAAUCCCAGCACUUGGGAGGACAAGGCGGGUGGAUCACAAGGUGAGGAGUUUGAGACCAGCCUGGCCAACAUGGUGAAACCCCAUCUCUACUAAAAAUACAAAAAAUUAGCCAGGCGUGGUGUCGGGUACCUGUAAUCCCAGCUACUCAGGAAGCUGAGGCAAGAGAAUUGCUUGAACCCUGGAGCUGGAGGUUGCAGUGAGCUGAGACUAUGUCAUUGCAAUCCAGCCUGGGGGACAGAGUGCAACUCUGUCUCAAAAAAAAAAAGAAAAAAAAAAUUGACCCAUUUUAUAGAGGAACAUGGACAUUGACAUCAUAAUAUUCUUUUUAUGAAGUUUUGAUAUAAGGUUUAACCUUAGUCUUGUUGACAUGUAGUCCUGUCAUUCACUCUUUAAGGAUUAUUAAUGUUUCAUUGAUACUAAAUUACCCUGGUUAAUCAACAGAAUGGUUUAAGUAGUACCGGGAAGUGGGACAAAUAAUUUUUAAAAUGUAAAGGCAUGCUGGGCACAGUGGCCCAUGCCUGUAAUGCCAAACACUUGGGGAUUGUUUUAUGAUUGUUCCUUGAAAGUCAAAUGGAGGAUCUGUCCAUUAUGCUCUGUUAAUCUUGUCAGAAAACUGUCACCAAAACAAAACUUGAUUUUGUCUUUGUUUUAGGAGUUACUGUGUAGUUGUAAGUAUAAUCUGUUAAAUAUAAUGUAAAAUAAAAUUUUAAGAUAUUUUUGUUUUUCAAAGUAAAGUUCUAGUCAGCCUUAUAUAUGCCAUUGGCUCUGACAUGUAUACCAGCUUUUCACUGUGUAGUGCAUAUAUAAAUCCAUAGAACCGGGUUAGCUGCUUAGGGAGGGAAUAUAUUCAAAGUGUACCAAGGACCAAAUCCUGGAGUUCUCCCAACUUUAGAGGAUGGAAAGAGGCCUAGCAAAGGAGAGUGAGAAGAGGCCAGUGAAGUAGGAAGAAAAUAUUUCAAGGAGAGUGAUGAUUCUGUCAAUAUUGCUGAGAAUUCAGGUAAAAGGACUGAGAAUUGACUGCUGGGUGUGGCAAAGUUGAUGUUACUGACAACAUUAAUUUUGGUGGAGUGCUGGUACUAGAAGUCUGUAAUGGAUGGAAAACAGCUGAGGAGUAAAACUGGCUUUAGACAGCUCUUUUGUAAAUUUUUGCUGGAGAAGGUAGACGAGAGGAGGGGCAGUAACUAGAAGAGGUUAUGUAGUGAAGAAUUUUUUUUUGUUUAUUUUUGAGACAGAGUUUCACUCUGUCACCCAGGCUGGAGUUCAGUGGUGUGAUCUUGGCUCACUGCAACCUCCACCUCUCAGGUUCAAGUGAUUCUCGUGCAGGGUAACUCCCCUUUAUAAAACCAUCAGUUCUCGAGAGACUUAUUAUCAUGAGAACAGCAUGGGAAAGACCUGUUCCCCAUGAUUCAGUUAACUUCCCACUGGGUCCCUCCCACAACAUGUGGGAGCUACAAUUCAGGGGAGAUUUGGGUGAGGACACAGCCAAACACAUCAAUGGGCAAUCAAGACUGUUAAGCAUUUAUGAUUAUCAGCUUUGAGGUGGCCCCUGUUUGUCCAAGUCGUAUUUCCCUAACCCUUACCACCUUCCUCCUAUGAUCCUAGUUUCUUAGAACUGAUGCUUCUAGCUUGUCAAGCUUCAAACAUGGGGAUCUUUCAGGUGUGUCUUCCCAGUGCUCUUAAAAUGAAAUCCAAGAUUCAUACGACUUACAUGGCCCUACAUGAUUUGACCCUAGCUUGCUUCUCCCUCCUGCCCCUUGGGCUCCAGCCACAGGACCCUCUUCCGCUCCUCCAUUCUUCCUGCUCCUGGUC